CCUUCUGCUUCUGCCGCUGCUAUGACCGAGCACCGGACGACACUUUCUGCCUUUGGGACUGAGCGCUGCCGUGUACUAACAGUGUUUUAGUCCGUGCUCCAGUGGGUGUGGAGUGUUGGAUGGUUAGUUUUCCGUGACUUUUGAAGGGUCGAUGCUGUCCUGUGUGUCUGUGAGGGCAGGUCCACGGGCAGGACACACACAGCUACACUAGCGUUAGCAAACAAGCUAAUUAGCCUGAGCCCGGAUUAGAGUGGACCCACGGAGACACGGCCUGAGUCCACGGUUUGACCCACGGAGACACGGCCUGAGUCCACGGGUUGACCCACCGCGUCAACAUGAAGAUAACUGUGGACUUUGAGGAAUGUCUGAAGGACUCACCGAGGUUCAGAGCGACUAUAGAGGAAGUGGAGGGGGAUGUGUGUGAGUUGGAAUCCAAGUUGGACAAAUUGGUAAAGUUGUGUAUUGGGAUGAUUGAUGCUGGGAAGGCCUACAAUGCAGCCAACAAACAGUUCGUUAAUGGAAUCCGGGAGCUGGCCCAACAGUCCACCAAAGAUGAAGUCAUUGAGUCCAGUCUUACAAAGUUUGCAGAGAGCCUGCAAGAGAUGAUCAACUAUCACACGAUAUUAUUUGACCAGGCCCAACGAUCGAUCAAGACACAGCUUCAGACCUUUGUGAAAGAUGACCUACGGAAAUUCAAAGAAGCCAAAAAGCAGUUUGAUAAAGUGAGUGAGGAGAAGGAGGCAGCGUUGAUCAAGAAUGCCCAGGCUCCCCGCAACAAGCAGCAUGAGGUGGAGGAGGCCACCAACAUUCUCACCGCCACACGCAAGUGUUUCCGACACAUUGUCCUGGACUACGUCUUACAGAUAAAUGUGCUGCAAUCCAAGAGAAGAUCAGAAAUUCUAAAAUCGAUGCUGUCUUUUAUGUACGCCCACUUGACAUUCUUCCACCAAGGCUAUGAUCUCUUCAGUGAGCUCCAACCUCUGAUGAAACAGCUGGGAGGACAGUUGGACCAGCUGGUGGUGGACGCUGCCAAAGAGAAGAGGGACAUGGAGCAGAAACACUCCACUAUUCAGCAGAAGGCUGCUCUGCAGGAUUUCUCCAAUGAUGACACAAAGCUGGAAUACAAUGUGGAUGCAGACAAUGGCAUCGCCAUGGAGGGAUAUCUGUUUAAAAGGGCCAGCAACGCCUUCAAGACAUGGAACAGGCGUUGGUUCUCCAUCCAAAACAAUCAACUAGUUUACCAGAAGAAAUUUAAGGACAACCCUACAGUGGUGGUGGAAGACCUAAGGCUAUGUACUGUCAAACACUGUGAAGAUAUAGAGCGCCGCUUCUGUUUUGAAGUCGUGUCACCCACCAAGAGCUGUAUGAUGCAGGCGGACUCAGAGAAGCUGCGUCAGGCCUGGAUCAAAGCCGUCCAGAACAGCAUCGCCACCGCGUUCAGAGACAAAGGAGAUGACGGAGAGAAACUGGACAGGAAGUCUUCCACCUCAACAGGAAGCCUGGACUCUGGUGGGGAGCCCAAGGAGCGCUCCCUGAAAGGGGAGAGUGCCCUGCAGAAGGUCCUGGCCAUCCCAGGGAACUCCUGCUGCUGUGACUGCGGCCAACCGGACCCCCGCUGGGCCAGCAUCAACCUGGGCAUCACCCUGUGCAUCCAGUGCUCUGGCAUUCACCGGAGCCUUGGAGUGCAUUUCUCCAAGGUGAGAUCUCUGACUUUAGACACAUGGGAGCCAGAACUACUCAAAUUGAUGUGUGAACUGGGUAACAGAGUGAUCAACCAGAUCUACGAGGCUCGACGAGAGGAGCUGGGAGCCAGAAAACCCCAGUCUGGAGACCCCAGACACGAGGUUGAGGCCUACAUCAAAGCCAAGUAUGUGGACCGCCGCUUCAUCCGCCGACCAUCAGAUGAGGAGCUUCGCACGAAAGUGGUUUCUCUGAGCAAACAAGAGAAAAGGCUAAGCAGCAGCUCAGAGCAUCUGCCCCCCAGAGCACCCCCACCCACCCCGAAGCUCCGCCCAGGCUCAAAUGUGUCUGGACAGUCAGCUGUUGCCGGCUUGGAAGCCCGCCGUGACUCUCUCUUCUGUCCUGAUGAGCUUGACUCGCUCUUCUCCUACUUUGACACCUCUUCCAAACUCAGGAGCAUCAAAAGUGCAGACAGUGGCAUUCAGAACAGUGCAGACGGGAGCAGGGAGAUGUUGGCUGCGACUCCCUCCAAUAACAGCCUGACAGAUGCAGAUGCUGCAGAGCCCCCCCCCAUGCCCAUGCCUGCCACACUGCCUCCCCCAUCACCAUGUAAGGAAAUGGCCUUCUAUGAGCCAAAGGAGUACAGUCCAGGUCUGCAGUUGUUCUGGGCGUCGUGUGCUCGUAGUCUUCCAGAUAUGGCUGAGGCGCUGGCCCAUGGAGCAGAGGUCAACUGGGUCAACACCGAGGAUGAGAAGAGGACUCCACUUAUCAUGGCAGUGCAAGGGGGUUCACUGGUCACCUGUGAGUUUCUACUACAAAAUGCAGCCAAUGUGAACCAGCAGGACGCUCAGGGACGAGGACCCCUCCACCAUGCCACCAUGCUGGGACACACAGGGCAAGUGUGUUUAUUCUUAAAAAGAGGAGCCAAUCAAAAUGCUGCGGACAUUGAUGAGAAAACGCCCCUGGCCAUGGCUGUGGAGGCGGCCAACGCAGACAUCGUCACACUGUUACGACUGGCCAAGAUGAACGAGGAGAUGCGCGAGGCCGAGGGUCCAUACAGUCAGUCAGGAGAUGAAACCUACCAGGACAUUUUCCAGGACUUCACCCACAUGGCCUCCAACGACCCCGAGAAGCUGAACCGCUACCAGCAGUAUGAGCCCCAGAGGCCCUGACAGGACCGACACCCCCCCCGUCACAGGCCCUGACGUGACCACCGGCCCCCCGUCACCGGCCCUGAUGGGACCAACGCCCCCGUCACCGGCCCUGAUGGGACCAACGCCCCCGUCACCGGCCCUGACGUGACCACCGCCCCCCCGUCACAUGCCCUCACACACACAGCGCCGGCUGCUCAAAGACACUUAGAUCAGGAAAGACGUCCAUGUCCUUGUAGUAUCAGUCUACGAUGAACACACCUGGACUGAACCUGAGCCACGCCCACGUUCAGACAGGUGUGGUCAUCUGAAGCCCCACCCCUUUAGUCAGAUGAAGGCGGUUCUCUGUGAGCAGAGAACCCAUGUUUUAUAUGAUUGUGUUUUUAAGCAGGACUUCUCUUCAGAAGUGGACGGUACAGUUUGAACGUCUGUAAAUGAAUGUGUCCAGUUCAGAUAUCAGAGCUGUCCUCCACUCAGACUGUGGGAACUGAAAUACACAAAUAGAUCAUUUCUAUUUAAAGAGCAUUUCUUUUGUAAACAUUAUAAAGUACCCAGUGUCAGAGGGCCGAACAGACUGGGAAGUACUCCAUUUCAUCCUCUUUUAUAGGAGUUUGUCCGUAGACAGUUGCUGCAGUUGUAAGUGUUGCUUUCAUGAACUUAUACAUGUUCAUAUGCUUUCAAAGGGCUGUCCACACCCACAGCAGGGGACCAGGGUGUUCUGAUCCACACCAUGGAUGUGCUGUCUGGGCCUCACACUGAAUACUGAGCAUGUAGUAGGGUGUACCCCACAGGUGUCAAACAUAAGGCCCAGGGGCCAAAGCCGGCCCAUCAAAGGGUCCAGUCCGGCCCCUGGAAUGAAUUAGAGAAAUGUAAAAAUUACACUGAAGAUAUGAACAGUCAAAGAUGU